AGCUGCUGCCCCGCGUCGACGCCGGAGACAGACCUCCCCGACAUCAACAAAUCAACCACACUCCCAGCAACUACUCAAAAUCAGCAUCAAGGGGGCCGUCCAAACCGACACAAUGCCGACUGAAGGAGUCAAGAUCCUGCCCUCGGGGAAGAAGAGCUUCAUCCCGCUCGAGAACAACCCCGAAGUGUUCACGUCGCUGGUGCACGACUUGGGCGUCUCGGAGGAGCUGGGCUUCUUCGACAUCUACAACCUCGACGAGCCGGACCUCCUGUCGUUGGUCCCUCGGCCCGCGCUCGCACUCAUCUUCAUCACGCCUCCCGACAUGUACUACGCCGUGCGUCGCGAAGACGGCAUCGCAGACCCCCCCGCGGGCGACGGCAUCGCAGAGCCCCCUGCGCGCGACGGCCUGACGUACGACAAGAGCGGCGACGACGAGCCUGUCAUGUGGUUCCAGCAGACCAUCGGCAACGCGUGCGGCCUCAUCGCCCUGCUGCACGCCGUGUCCAACGGCGGGGCCAAGAAGUUUGUCCAGAGCGGCUCGCUGCUGGACCGCAUCAUCCGGCGGGCCGCGCCCCUGAAGCCGGUGGCGCGCGCGGCGGCGCUGUACGACGACGAGGAGCUCGAGAGGGCGCACAUGCGGGCCGCGAGGAUGGGCAGCUCGGCGCCGCCCCCGGCCGAGGAGCACGCGAGCUUGCACUUUCUCGCGUUCGUCAAGGGCGAGGACGGCCACCUGUGGGAGCUCGAGGGCGGCGUGGACGGGCCCAUUGAUCGCGGCGCGCUGGGCGAGGGCGAGGACCUGCUCGGCGACCGCGCGCUGGAGCUGGGCGUCCGGAGGUUCUUGAAGCACGCCAACGGGAACCUGCAGUUUAGCAUCGUGGCGCUGGCCAAGGAAUGAAUCAUGAUGAGACUGCUCGCGGCGGCUUGCAUGCGGAUGGGAGAUGGGGUUGUACGGCAUGAACGAUCGUCCAAGCCCGACUUCCAGGGACAGGAGCCGUAUGCAUAUGUACGGAAGACGCUUUCAAUGAGACUAUGUGGCUAGAUAUUUACGAGCGCACGAGUUGCAACCCGUGAUGAUGACGAAUUCGGGAUUCACGUCUCACGUCGAAACACAACACAAGUGAGACCCGAAACACUCUAGAAUGAAAAGACCUUUGGC